CCUCUCUGUGUGACCGUGUGAACACCCCCAUUUAUUGUCUCCCUGUUCCUGUGUGUGUCUUCCGCCCCCUGUGACUCGUGUUUACAUAUGUGUAUUUAAUGUGUGUAUGUUUGUGUGUCCCUGUCUUUCUGUUCUCUCUGUGCCUGUUUGUCGCGUUCUUUCUCUUUCUGCCUCUGUGUGUGUGUGCGUGUGUGUCUCCGCCUAUUCACAGCACAGCCUGUCCGGCAGGGCAGCGGAUGUGAGGGAUGAUUCAGUGGCUGACAGGAAGCCCGCAGUCUUGCUUGCUGCCCGCCAGUGUUUGCAACAUUGGCGUCAGCUCGGGCAGGUGUGUGGGCUCAGGAUGAGGUGGUUGCCGUGAAGAGCCCCCGACUCUCAGGAAGAGUGGCCAGGAGCAGACAUGAAUGCAGAGACCGAGCUGCUAUGGCUGGGGGCAGCCCUGCUGCUGCUGCUGGGGGCGGUGGCCAGCCUGUGUGUGCGCUGCUCCCACCCAGGUGCAAAGCGGUCUGAGAAAAUCUACGAGCAGAGGAAUCUGCAAGAGAAUCAACAGAACUUCGCAGUGGCCCGGACCUAUUCCUUGGCUGGGCAGGCCUGGCCAGGGGUCCCGAUGGACACAGCUGCUGACAUGGAGCCAGCGAGGAAGGAUAAGCUGCUGCAGUUCUCCCCCAGCCUCGAGGAUUCUGCAUCCCCCAGGUACCAGAACUUCAGCAAAGGAAGCAGACACGGAUCAGAUGCAGCCUACAUAGACCCCAUCGCCAUGGACUAUUGCAACUGGGGGCAGGUCCCGAAGUCCCAGGAAGCAGAUGACGACGACGAUACAAAUUCCUAUGAAAACGUGCUCAUCUGCAAGCCGGAGCCGCUCGAGUCAGGUGAUGAGGGAUCUGAGGAUUAUCAGAAUUCGGCUUCCAUCCAGCAGUGGCGAGAGUCCAGGAGGGUCAUGGAGCGAGUCCAGAGAGAGGCACCUUCCUCCCCGGCAGGAAGCCCAGAGGAGGACGAUGACGGGGAGCCUGAUUACGUGAACGGGGAAGUAGCAGCCACAGAAGCCUAGGGCAGACAUGGGAGAAGCCAACACUUUUUGUCGUCACUGAACAGAGCCAAGGAACCCCGAGCUCACUGGACAACUGACCGCCUCUCAACAGUCACUCCUUCAGAGCUGCUGGACUUCUGGGGCCCACCACGGUUUCUACUCGGUGCGCCAACAUGUUCCAAGGACCAGCCCGCAGGCCGUGGGGAUCCAGCCUGGGGAAGGGCACUCACACGUGGAAUCAGCUUCCCUGGGGCAGGACAGGAGCCUGGUGCCAAGGGCAGCUCCGCUCCUGCCAGGAUGAGCUGCCCAGCACUCAGGGCCAGUUGCACCCCCAUCCCCACGUCGUGCAACACUGCUGUUCGUCUUUUUUCCUUCAGAUUUGGAUCCCCAAUUGCUUACUAAUGUUGGUUGCUGGGAUAUUUUUCGUGAUCGAUAAACUUGUACAGUUAAUUUAUGUAGGUGGAGCCAUAUUUAAUACUCUACAUUCCAGGGUAGAGACUUUGUCUAUCUUGUCUCCUACAAGCAUUAUAUGUACUUAAUUUCAGCAGUUAGGGGGAGCCCUGGAGCUCCUUUCUUUGGGUCUCUUCACUGAGGAACAUUUGGCUAGUCUUCAUGCCCCUUCAGUGGGCAUGUCUGCUUGGACAGUGCCAGUUCUGCAGAAGGGGCAGGAGCGUGGGGCAGUGGUGCCCUCCUCUGCUCCAGGGCUGGCCUUGGCUCAGCUAUUGGGCAGCAUGACCAUCUCAGGGAAAGGGCAGGGGCUCAAUGGGACCUUGACUCAGAAAAGCCAGUCAGAGUAACAAAGCGCCUCUGCCAAUCAAAACGUCUCAAUAAAAGUUUUAGCUUAAGAGCAA